AUGAUUAUUGUAGUGGAGGAGGUAAAGAAUGAAUUGGCCCUUGUUAAGGAAUCCUGCAACAAGGUGGAAGCUGAGAAUACAACUACCCUUGCUGAUCCAACCUCUACGCAACACAUAAUUAAAUUACAGAAUGAAAUCAUGAGGUAUAGAAAUGACUUGAUUAGGUUUAAAAAGCAGAAACGGGAACAAGUGAAUACCACUGGCUCAGAGGGUACGUAAACCACAGUUCCUGAGUAUCGAUACAAGCUCAGAUGAAUGUACUUCUGAAACAUAAGGGGCAGAUCCCCCUACAACAUUCACAUCCAGAACCAGAGGAGACAAAGACUAUGACCUAUCAGGUGGAGCCAGAAGGGGAAGAUCUGCAAGCUCCCGGUCCAAACCUCCCAUAAAGAAAUAACCAAUCUGGUAUUUAAUGUAUCUUCCAAAAAUUUGACUUAUGACCACAUUAAGAUCCUAUCUAAUGCCUACAACAAAUCCGGACAAGUUCAAUAUGGUAGUUGAAUUGUACAAAAGGAACAGAACCCUCAAUAUCAAUAUCCCCAGGGAUUAGUGGGAAAAGAAAGAAAAACAUCCCUUCAAGUUGAAAAAUACAUGGGAACCUAAAACCACAAAUUAAAACCACAAACUCUUCAGUGAAAACGUUUGCUCAGGUUAACCGAUAUGACACUGAACACAUCUUGAAACAGCACACCCUUAAAGGAGACAAUCUGACCAAGAAAGAAAGAGCAUCAUUGAAGGAUUUGAAGGAGGACAUCAGUAUCACAAUUAGGCCAGCUGAUAAAGGGGGCGCUCUAGUGAUACAGGAUUACUCUGACUACACAAUGGAAAUCCUAGAACAACUAUCUGAUAUCAAUACAUAUCAAUGGAUUACUUACAAUCCCACUUCUGCUAUAUCAGAGAAAUUGAAAGCAUUGAUAAAACGUAGUUUGGAAUCAGGAUGGUUGGAUGAACAUACUGCAACAUUUUUGAUCAAUGAGAAUCCUAAGAUACCCAUUCUAUAUACUCUGCCGAAGGUCCACAAGGACCCGGCCAAACUACUAGGAAGACUGAUCGUCUGGGCCUGA